AGCUCUUUUAAAACUUCCUGGAAGAAAAGAAAACACGGAAAUAAAGACGAGAGCACGCUACUGAACAUCAGCUCUAUGAAGGAGUUAGAGAAUACGAAGAAUAUUCCAGAAUUCUUCAGGAUUUACUGAAAAAUCUGAAGUGCUUGCUGACAGACUUCAAGAACGAACUCAAAGAAUACAACAUGGUAGAGCGAAGGAAAGCCGUCCUCAACAUAUUUUUCGUUCUUACUGCUGGAAUUUUUUUCUAUACGUUAGUUAAUUCAAGAGAAAUAAGGACACAAGCAAAAGGAAAACAGUUUGAGGAGGAAAAUAUUGCAGUUGACAAAAGAACGAAUGGAUUGAAGUUUGAUGAUUUGAAUCCGGUUGCCAAGACGAAAGAGAUGGAGAAUUUGAUAAAACAAAAAAGAUUCCACAUGAAAAAGGACUGCAACCAUCCUCAAAAGCAAGAACAGCGGGACAAAAUGGGAGACUUUGAAUUUAGUGAUGGUAAACUUGAUGCUCUGGUAAGAGGAAAGAUAAGAAAACCUAGAGCGGAGCCCGAGACAUCACCGAGCUCGGAACCCGAGACAUCACCGAGCUCGGAACCCGAGACAUCACCGAGCUCGGAACCCGAGACAUCACCGAGCUCGGAACCCGAAGUCAAACCGGAAAGCAAAGCAGAAUCCGAAACCAAUCCGGAAUCGACAUCGGAACCCGAACCAUUACUGUGGGCAGAGCCCGAACCGGACUGGGAUACAGCAGUGGACGUCUGGAAAACAGCUUGGCCUUUACAUGUGUACGGACUUGCGAGUAUAUUUGUACUUUUUGGGAUUAUUUCUUUAAUCGAGCUGAUCAGAAUUCACGUCAAAAGUACGAGAAAAACAGCUUUGAAAGUGAGUCUCUUAAUCAUUAUGACAAUUUUUUGUGUGACAAGGGCUGUCACGUUAUUCACCGACCCGUACGGAUCCAAAGGUAUUAUAAAUCCCAUCCUGUCACGCAUUCUCUUCGCCAUCGGUCACCCCUGUAUUAUCUCCGCUAUGAGCCUACUUCUUCUAGUUUUGAUUGACACCACGAAAAUGAACAUAGCCCCUCCCACAUUUCAACGCGUCCAGUUCAUCAUUGCCGUCGUCUUUUUCCACAUUGUUUUGGUAUUAAUAACAGACGUUUUAGUUACUUUUUACGUUGAAACGAAAGUACUCAUCCUCAUUUGCCAGAUUUAUUAUCUACUCUUAGGAUUCGUAUUGACAAUAGGUUAUGCCAGAGUAGGAUUCAAAAUUGCUUCAAAUUCCUCGGCUAGCGUGACGCGUGACGAAAAAAUGGAAAAACUCAAGAUUCUGAUUGGUUUAGCCUCAGUCACCGGGUUCGCCUUAGUUUGUGCUACCAUAUAUGGAGCCGCAGGGGUGUUUGGGAUAUAUUCUAAUGUCAAGGUCGUGGAUCCCUGGCCCUGGUGGGCGUUUCAAACUGUUCUUCGAGUGCUUGAAAUCGUCAUGGUCGUGGUGCUCUUAGCCAUGAAUGUCAAAGUGACUGGUUCGGGACUCGGUAUUCGGGAAAUGUUCGGGAGAUGCCAUAGGAAACUAUUCCAGAACAAAGUGGAAGAUACAGUAUCCGGCCCGCCGAUAAAUAACACUAACUCGUGGAUGACGAACAGCGUGAAUAUGAAUACUUAAAACGAAGAAAAUGUACAUCACUUUCAUGCUAAUUUUGGCGGGAAAACUCACGGAUGGUUUGCUACCAUCACUCAUUAGAGCAGUUUUCGCAUGACUGUGAAAAGUUCACGGCACAAACACGGCACUGCAAAGACCCAGCCAAUAAAAAAUCUAAAAAACAUCACAGUCGCGGUAAGACAUGAACUCUUCAUCCAAUCAAAUGCACGAAACACGGCACGAACACGACGCGGACAUGGUAACGACAAGACAUGAGCUCUUCAUCCAAUCAAAUGGACGAAACACGGCACGAACACGACGCGGACAC